UCUUUUCCCCUCCUCACCUGAUUUGCGCGAUGAUCCCAGCAGAAAGUAUAUCGUGGCCAGCCAUUACAUCAGAAGACGCGAAGAGUUUGAUGUCGUCGUUGUUGAAAAAACGUGUGCGUUGCAAAAUGUAUCAAGUGGCUAAUUCGGGGAAAUUGAUUUCUCCUGAGGAGGAACCAAGUUCAUCGAAGCUACCUAACAAUGUACCGGCGUUCCUCAUGAAACUUUGGACGCUCGUCAACGAUCCAAAAACCGACAACCUUGUUUGUUGGUCAGUGAAUGGAAAAAGUUUUAUAAUCAAAGAUCAGACACGGUUUGAGAAAGAAUUAUUACCAUAUUAUUACAAACAUAAUCAUAUGGCUAGUUUUGUACGUCAACUAAAUAUGUAUGGCUUUCAUAAAAAAAUAUCUGCAGAACUGGGUGGCCUAAAAUGUGAUAAAGAUGAGAUGGAAUUUGCGCAUGAGUAUUUUUGUAUAGGACAACCCUCUCUGUUAAUUCAAAUCAAAAGAAAGAUUGCGAAUAGCAAAACUCAAAAUCAAGAUACAGGAGGAGAUCCAACUCUUAAGCGAGAAUUAAUGAGCAAAAUGUUAUCGGAAGUAAGAUGUCUACAAGGACGUCAAGAGCAGUUUGACUAUAAGUUGGCAUUGAUGAAGAAUGAAAAUACAUUAUUGUGGAAAGAGCUUAUGAUACUGAGACAGAAGCAUUUGCACCAACAAGAAAUCGUUAACAAACUUAUUCACUUCCUCAUUACCCUUGUACAAUCAAGGAGAGGCAAUCUAACUGUUAAGAGAUGUCUAUACCCGUUAAUGAUAGACGAUUCAAGUCGCCCACGUAAAAAAAAUAAAUUGUCAGAGCCACAAGCCUCCCCUACCGGGCCAGUAAUUCAUGAACUUAGUACAUCGGAACCUGGAUUGGAUUCCGAAUAUAUCGUUGCCGAUGAAAUGGAAGAUCCAGCUGUUCAAAGUCCGCAAUCUAUCGAUGAAUAUGUGCAGAUACCAAUGGAUAAUAAAAUUGAGGAGGAUAUUAAAAUACCACAUUCUGAUAUUAUGCAGUACAAUGCGUUUAAUGAAUCGAUGGCUACAGCAGAGAGACAUGUUGCAGCAGAAACGAGGAAAACCAAGGUGCCUGUCAAAAUUUUGAUCCCGCCUUUGCAAAAUGGAGAAAAACCAAGGGAAGAGUUACAUUUGCUCGAAAUGCCAGACGACAGGCAAGAGUCACCAGAAACUAUUAUCACUACAUCGAAGAACGAGUCGAUCGACUUAAAACCUCCUGUACCUGUGGCGACGGUGCGCAGUUCUAAACUUGCGGCAAUGGUAGCUAACAUGAAGAAAUCUCAAGAGGACAUUGAUCAGGAAUUAGAUAUAGAAACCUCAAUAGAUGAAGACAUUUCAGAUAAUGAUACUUCUAGUCUAGUGAAUUUCGGAGAUAUUUUACCUGAUACGAAUGUGCCCAAUAACGAUAAUAUGAGAAAUAAUAUCGAGAACAAAACGAACGCCGGUCGCAGGCCCAGUAAAAUGAACAAAGGAUUUAAUCACAUUUACGGCGGUAAAAGUGUAUUGAAGAGUAAUAAUAAUCGUAACUGGCAUGAUAAAAAUGUAGCGACAAAAUCUACAUGUGAAGAGAAACGCAAUUAUGAUAAAGCGAGUACGAGCUCGUCUAAGGAUUUGUCCUUAAGCUGCGUCAAUUCAUCAGGAAUGUCCGACACUAAUUACAGGGAAGAAUUGGAUAAUCAUCUGGAGUCAAUGCAAGCGGAACUGGACAAUAUCCGUGAUAUGUUACGUGGCGAUGGUUACAAAAUUGAUGCUAACACUCUUCUUGGGUUAUUUAGUAGUGAUGAUUCCAUAUCAUUUGGACUAUCCGAUUUACCACUUUCCAUUAAUUCGGAAUUGAAUCCAGAAAUGAAUUAUGAGAAAAUGGAGGAGAAAGAAGAGAAUACUUUCCAGAUUCCAGAAUCAGAGAGCAGAUUUAAUCGUGGAGAAGUCAUGGCAUACUCAUCAGGCAUGGAUUUUGAACAUUUGUUAUCAGAAGAGGGUCAAUCAUCAUUCCGAUUGUUGAUGGAACAGCCUGAAGCAGUUAAUACAGACUCGAUAUUAAAUUCUGAUCCUUUAAAUUUAGAGAACGGUAAAACUUCAUUUUUCAGUGAUCCCUUAGAAAAAGAUAUGAACUCAAGUCCGUAAGAACUACUAUUUCUGGAAUCUCUAUUGUUCAGAGGAAAAGAACAACUGAUGAAUAGAAUUAGGCAUAAUACGUGUUUAUGGCAACGCGUCAUCCAUGAAGUAUUGUACGAGGGCAAGGUUUAAUUUCCCGUAAAGGGAAAUCACAGUACUUCGGAUAGUUCUACCAUCACCUCUUCAGAUAUAUUUGGCUUUAUACUAGCUUAUUGGAACCAUUGGUUUUACAGGACUCAGUACUACAGAAAAAUUAUGCUGUUUAAUAAUUUUCUAUCGAUAGAAAAACUUGCUAUCAAAUAGAUAAUAACUGCGGAAAUGCAAAGUUUCACAAAAAUGUCCAAUAUACUUCAUCGUAGAUUUGCACACAUAGUGAUGUAACAUGAAGAUAGUUGUAUCUUUAAAGUUUAUACUUCUUUGUACACUGAAUGAUUACGUAUUUAUUGGAUGAUUAAAAAUAAUCGAUAUCAUCUUUUGUUUCAAAUACCUCCUCGGAGUUUCCUUGGUAUUUGGAGAAAUUUACUGAGAAUCUUUAUAAUGUUACCUCGUCGGUGUCCUCGCCAAAUGGUGUCUAGGAUAAAUCGGAUCCGAUACAGUAGAGUCUCGUUAUAUCGUCAUAUUGUCUGGAAUUUAGUUAAAAAGUUAAAAGCUCUUGAGACGCGAUCAAAACAAACAAAGAAUAAGGCAAAUAAGAGCCAACCGCCGUUAUUUUAUUACGUAAUCAAUAAAAUUUUUAUUAAAUUUUAAAUUUCGCCUUUACGAUUAAAUUGUAUAUUUUGCUUGUCUUACGGUAGUUGGCUCUUACUUGCCUUAUUUUUUGUUUAUUUAGAAUUUAGGUUUUAAAUUUUUGAUUUUUCGAACACCGUAGAUAUAAAACGUACUUGAUAAAACAUACUAAGACCACUCUCUCCAAUAGCAUAGAAGCUCUUUCGUUUCAGCUUAUUGCAUACAUAAGCAUAUAGCUGUGUAAUAUCGCGAUUUUUAUUUAUUUGAUUCAUUUAUUGUAUCACAGGAUUAUUGGAGUAGUGUGAGGUUAGUAUGCAAUAAGUGGGAGUAAUUGGAAUAGUGAGCAGUGAUAUAGGGAGGACUAACACUAGAGUAAAAACAUAUAAGGAGGAGAAGAAUUUAUAACAAGGUUCUACUGUAGUCUGUAUCAUCAGCACUGCGAGGUUUGAUAAUAGAAGACAUGCAAAGAACAGAUAUUCAUAUAGGUUGAUGGCAACGCGAAAUUUGAGCUACUUAUUUUGUAGAUAUUAUGUUGAUGAGUAAGAAGUAAUUAUUCAUAUAUGUAAGAUUUCUAAUAAAAGUAAAACCUUAAAACAUCUUACUUGUCGAAAGAAAGAGAAAUUCGAGUCCGCAAGAAUUCUGUUGUAUUAUAAAUAUAGCGAUGAUAAUUAUUUUGCAUAUACAAAAUAUCACUUCUUAUCCAUCGAUAUAUAAGUUGCGACACGAUUAAAUUGACAAUUAACGUUUUAUAAAACAAUCCUAACGCCUUUAAGCAAAAUUAAAUAGUAAAUUAGGUAAUAAAUAGAUGUCUAUGCAAAAUGGAAUUUUCAAAAUUUAAAAUGAAAUUUCUAAAGUGGACUUUACAAAAUUUGGUAAAUUAACUAAAAGUAAUAAAAGUAAGAUUAAAAUUUUCAUUCUUAAUUAUUUGUACAUAAAAUUGAGUAAUUUUGUGUUAAAAAAAAUGUAAAAAAUUUGGUGAAGAAACUUAUGGCUUUUGUUGCAAUUCGUAAAAUGUAUCAAGAUAUAAUGUUACGUCAUAAACAUUUUUGUAAAAUAUAUUAAAAAAUUAACUUUUUCUGGAAAAUACUGCUUUUUUUUUACAAAAAUUCCAUAAUAGUUAAUUAUCUCACCAUGGUACAAGAAAAACUUAAAAAGUGAUAGUGCGAGUUAAGGUUUCAGUGUUUUAUUUGCAAUACGUACGCUUUUUCGCAUUCUCGAAAAACGUUUAGUAGAAAUUAAUAUCUUCCGAAAAACUAACGAUAAAAAUAGUCGGCAUAUUACUUAGUCGGUUACUUAUUGUUUAUUAUGUGCACUUUAGAAAAUUAAUUAUCUAAGGUUGAUGUUCAAGAUAUUAGUUAUAAAACCUAAUUUGACUUAUUAAUGACACGCUAACUUUGCUGAUGUUUUGUUCUAGCUUGUGUAAGCAGUCUAAGCGCGCUACAUGUGUCUCAAAACAUGGCGGAAAAAUAAGUGCGGUUGAUUAAAAUACAGAAACCUUAAUCUUGAACCUCUAUUAAUAAGUUAGUGGAUUGUGUUAUCGUGCAUUAGAAUGUACGAAUUCGCCCAGCGCGAAUGCAGCGAUUGGUCUUGUCGUUCGCCACUCACAUCUAUGGCGAAUCACGCAGAUGAGAGAACUCCCAGUGCGCAUUAGAGUGCGAUAAACUACUUAUUGUAUUCGCAUUAUAGUAACGUUUUAUUCGAAUUUAUAGAGAUAAGUAGUUAGUUUUUAUAUUCACUACUAAGAGUGAUGUUUGCGCAAUAUGUAUUAUUUACAGAUUAGUGUAAAAUCCAACAUGUAAUAUACUUGUUUGUGACACACACACACACACACACACACACGUAUAAGAGCGCGUGUGCGCCUCUCUUCCUCCUCUUCCCUUCCCUUUCCUAUUUCUCUCUACUAUAUAUGUAUAGUAAAAUGUCAGCCAUACAUUUCCUGUUUAUAAGGGCUUAAAUUUUACUACUUUAAAGCUUUAAGCAUCGAAAUAAGGUGAAAAAAGUGAGAAGUUAUAGAUGUAGCAUCUUUUGAGACCGUACAUUUGUUCGGAAGAAUCGCUAAUGUAUAUGAUGGAUAUUUAUUGUUAAAACAAUUAAUCGUCGAUAGCUAUUCGCGCGUGUAUUUUUGUAUUAUGUAAAAUAUCUCUACUAACUGUUUACCUUAAUGCCAGAUUUAUGUUCGGUAAGAGAUGUCGACGUGCGAGCGUUUGUGUGUACGAAUAACUAUAUAAUAGGUAAUAUUGCACUCUCUCUGCCUGAGAUAUCAAAUUCCGAUAUACUCGUAAUUAUAGUCGUUACUUAAUGCUUUUCUCACGUGAGAUACUCAAAUCGAGCUUCUCGGCUGAGACUUGUCUUAAGAUAUGACAUAAUUCAGCUAAUAUUGCGAUCGCAAAAAAAAUCGCCAGUACCGUCUUCUUUACACUAAUAAUUUAAUAUGUAUAGUAAACAGGUAAUUUUAUACGAUGACGUGUUAAAUUGUACGAUAUGUAUCGUACUAACUUAAUAAUAGUACAAUCAGUGAAUAAAGAGAUAAUUUAUUUUUUAGUAAUUCACAGAAGAGAUUCAUUUUUCUGUUGGAUAUAGAAUAUUGCGAAACUCAUUGAGUUAUAAAUUAAAAGAGUUACAAAUUUUUUUUCAUUGAUUGCACACCAUCCUUUACACAUAAAAAUUAAUUUGUAAAUAAGCACAAUAAGGCGUCACAAAUUGGUUCUCCAGAUGAAUUUACUGAAUCGUAUGGUAAAUGGACAAAAAGCUGCAAUAUUUUUAUUUCAAUUAGUUUUAUAUCGCAUCUCCCGUCGAAUAAGAGAAUGUGUUUUUUUAACAAUUCCUAAAAGAUGCGUUUUCCUAUUAGAUACGUGAUGUCUUGCGAAAUCAUUCAUUGUUUAUUGGCUGUAUCGCGUCUCUAGGCAGAUCUCAGCUAAGAUAUUCCAAUUUAUGUAUUUCGUGUGAGGCAAGUUUUAAAUAACGACUAUAAAAAUACAGGUUUUAGAGAUUUACGGAAAUAAUGUAAAGCGAUAAAUUGCGAGUACAAGAAGAUUUAGGGAGCGUUUGUGAAUCAUUUUCUCUAGUGUGAAUUUGCGAGAAAUAGAGAUUUUCCAGAACUCUUUCAAGUUAAAAAAUUUUUACUUCUCACGAUUCACCUUAGAGGAAAGCAUUCAUGAUCGACUCCACAUAUUCAGCGUCACGUUUGGUAAUAAGUUGGUCGCACUUAAUGUACACUUCAUAUUAAUACAGUUUGAUUACUUUUUAUUUUUCGAUACAGUUUGAAAGCUAAUGUUCAAUGGGAGAACUUGUUUUUGAAUCAUUUUUAAAGGAUAAGUUCUUUCAUUGGGCAUCGUUUCGCAUUAUAUUAAAGUGUCCAAAUCAUGUUGAAACCGAGUAUAUAAUAAAGAAUAACAGAUUUUUUUCCUUUAUUUUUUUCUAUCAGGGAUAAAUAACUAGGGGCCAGUAGUUAGCCGAGCUGACAGUUCUGAAUUUUCGUUUACCGGUAAAAAUCGACGCAUUAUGUGUUUGAUAUCAAAUAGUGUCAGGAUAUGUGCAUCCGUAAGUUGCUCUUGAGCAAUCAAUGAUAAUUCAACAGAAAUUCUACUUCAUCUAUGCAGAUCUAUGCAAUGUACACGAAAACAUUUCUACCGGUUUCUUGAUUUGCGUUCCUGUCAGUAAUAAUUUAAGGUAAUUAAUCCCCUAUAAGUGUAGUUGAAGUUAGCGAAAUAAAAAUACUUUUAUUACCACUGA